AUGUCACAAAAGGAUAGUCCUCCAACUGAAUACACGCCACGAGCAUGGGUUUCAAUAUUUGGCGCCUUCACAUGUGCCUUUUGCACAGUGGGGUUCAUGAACUCGUUCGGUAUCUUCCAAGAGUAUUAUGCAAAAAACCAGCUAUCUUCAAGCUCGACAUCUACCAUCGCAUGGAUUGGGGCUAUUUCGAUAUUCUUUCUGUUUGCGACAUCUGUCGGCGCAGGAGCAAUGCUUGAUAUAUUUGGACCAAAGCUUAUGGUAUACGUUGGCUCAUUCGGGUGUGUAUUUGCACUUAUGAUGAUUUCACUGUGUCAGGAGUUCUAUCAAUUCCUGCUCGCCCAGGGCGUCGUGUUUGGUAUUUGCAUGGGUUUGGCGACAUGGCCAAUGCUCGCAUUGGUCGGACAAUACAUCAAAGUGAAGCGCGCUGCGGCGAUGGGGAUUGUUCUUGCGGGUUCGUCGCUCGGCGGAAUUAUCUGGCCCAUUGCAAUCGACAGAUUGAUCAACAAACCCAACAUCGGAUUUCCCUGGACCAUGCGAAUUGUCGGCUUUAUCAUGAUUCCUUGCUUCAUCUUUUCUUGUGUAGCUGCCAAAUCUCCAGAUACACCUAAAACGAACGUGGAGAGUCGCGAUUCAAGCCAGCAAAGUGACGGAAAUACCAUCGAACAAAAGGACAUACAGCAGAGUCAUAAGGCAGAGGCUCUGGCCCUGGUGCGAAAGCCAUCGUUGCAGCUACUAUGCCUUGCGGUGUUCAUUAUAUACUUUGGCAUGUUCUCGCCGUUCUUCUACACAACCUCCUACGCAGUUGAGAAAGGAUUCUCGACAUCCCUGGCAUUCUAUACAGUUUCUAUUGUGAAUGGCGCUUCGUUCCCUGGCCGAGUUCUCCCCGGAAUUGUUGCUGACAAGUACGGAAAAUUCAAUUGUUGCAUCAUUGCCACUAUAUCCGCAGGGAUCAUUGCAUUGUGCUGGACCAAGGUGACAUCUGUGGCUGGCCUGGUAAUUUGGUGUGCUGCAUACGGCUUUGCAUCUGGAGGCAUUUUAUCCCUACAGCAAGCUUGUGCCGCUCAGGUUGCUACUUCUACCACUCUUGGUUUGGCAAUUGGGACUGUGUCAGGCUCUACAGCUUUAUCUGCUAUGGCCAAUGUGCCCAUCAGUGGUGCUCUAGUUGAAAAAUAUGGGUAUCUUUCCCUAUCGGUAUAUUCAGGGGUCUCCUUGUUACUGGGUGGUGUCCUUUUGAUUGCCGCGCGUCUGGUACAGAACAGAGAGCUUCGGGCCAUCGUCUAA